GCCAUUUUGUGGAGCGGCCGAACCUUGUUCGAGGUUCUGAGACGCAGAGCCGCUACUCCUGCUUUGUUCCCUCUGUGGGGGUGAGUGCGGCGGCCGUCCAUUACGCCCAAGUGAUUUUGCCAUUGGUGCUGUCCCUUGAGUCUGCCUGUCAGCCGCCAGAGGUGACUGCUCAGCCGCGUCUUUGAAGGGACUAAAACUAAGCUAGCGUUUGAGGGCCGCGCCCCUCCUCGCCUCUGGUUCUGCCGGCUUUCAUAGGUCGCCCUCUAACCCAGUCCUCGGCCCGCCUCUUUCGAGUUGUUUGUCUCUUGCUGGGACGUUGUCCCGAAUCCCCUGUCCUGCGGAGCUGUGGCGAUCCAGUCCUUCGGACACCCCUCGGAAGCGCCUGGCAAUCUCUUAAGCCAUCAUCGCCCAGCGUCUGCAACUGAAUCUCGCUCUGCGAAAGGUGGUUAGGAAUAGUAGCUUGAGGACUGGGAACCUCCUCAGAGGUUGGGAGGGAUGUAUGUAAUAUAGGAAAGAUGGACUGAAUGCUGGAAUGCACUGGUCUUAGCGCCGCCAUCUCGGCUGCGAUACCCCGCAGAGGGGGAAAAAAAAAUUAAACCUUUUGAAGCAGUGUGCUAGAUCUUCGGUGAGACAAUGGGUUCAGACAAAAGAGUGAGUAGAACAGAGCGUAGUGGAAGAUAUGGUUCCAUCAUAGACAGGGAUGACCGUGACGAGCGUGAAUCUAGAAGCAGGCGGAGGGACUCAGAUUACAAAAGAUCAAGUGAUGAUCGGAGAGGCGAUAGAUAUGAUGACUAUCGAGACUAUGAUAGUCCGGAGAGAGAGCGUGAAAGAAGGAACAGUGACCGGUCUGAGGAUGGCUACCAUUCAGAUGGUGACUAUGGAGAACAUGACUAUAGACAUGACAUCAGUGACGAGAGAGAGAGCAAGACCAUCAUGCUCCGUGGCCUUCCUAUCACCAUCACCGAGAGCGAUAUUCGAGAAAUGAUGGAGUCCUUUGAAGGCCCUCAGCCUGCAGAUGUGAGGCUGAUGAAGAGGAAAACAGGUGUAAGCCGUGGUUUCGCCUUCGUGGAGUUUUAUCACUUGCAAGAUGCUACCAGCUGGAUGGAAGCCAAUCAGAAAAAAUUGGUGAUUCAAGGAAAGCACAUUGCAAUGCAUUAUAGCAAUCCCAGACCUAAGUUUGAAGAUUGGCUUUGUAACAAGUGCUGCCUUAACAAUUUCAGGAAAAGACUAAAAUGCUUCCGAUGUGGAGCAGACAAGUUUGACUCUGAACAGGAAGUGCCCCCUGGAACCACAGAGUCUGUGCAGUCUGUGGACUACUACUGUGACACAAUCAUCCUUCGGAACAUAGCUCCGCAUACUGUGGUGGACUCCAUCAUGACAGCACUGUCUCCCUAUGCUUCCUUAGCUGUCAAUAACAUUCGCCUCAUAAAAGACAAACAGACACAACAGAACAGAGGCUUUGCCUUUGUGCAGCUAUCUUCUGCGAUGGAUGCCUCUCAGCUGCUUCAGAUAUUGCAGAGUCUCCAUCCGCCAUUGAAAAUUGAUGGGAAAACUAUUGGAGUUGACUUUGCAAAAAGUGCCAGAAAAGAUUUGGUCCUUCCAGAUGGUAACCGUGUCAGUGCCUUCUCUGUAGCUAGUACAGCCAUCGCUGCUGCUCAGUGGUCAUCCACUCAGUCUCAAAGUGGUGAAGGAGGCAAUGUUGACUACAGUUACAUGCAGCCAGGCCAGGAUGGCUAUACACAGUACACUCAAUACUCACAGGAUUACCAGCAGUUUUAUCAACAACAGACUGGAGGACUGGAGUCUGAUGCAUCAGCUACAUCAGGUACCACGGUGACUACCACCUCAGCAGCUGUAGUAUCCCAGAGUCCUCAACUCUAUAAUCAGACCUCCAAUCCACCUGGCUCUCCGACUGAGGAAGCACAGCCUAGCACUAGCACAAGUACACAGGCCCCAGCUGCUUCCCCUACUGGUGUAGUUCCUGGUACCAAGUAUGCGGUACCUGACACGUCUACUUAUCAAUAUGAUGAAUCUUCAGGAUAUUAUUAUGAUCCUACAACAGGGCUCUACUAUGACCCUAACUCACAGUACUACUAUAAUUCCUUAACACAGCAGUACUUGUACUGGGAUGGAGAGAAGGAGACCUACGUGCCAGCUGCAGAGUCUAGCUCUAACCAACAAACUGGCCUACCUUCCACAAAAGAGGGAAAGGAGAAGAAAGAAAAGCCCAAGAGCAAAACUGCUCAACAGAUUGCCAAAGACAUGGAACGCUGGGCUAAGAGUUUAAAUAAGCAGAAAGAAAAUUUUAAAAACAGCUUUCAACCUGUCAAUUCAUUGAGAGAAGAAGAAAGGAGAGAAUCUGCUGCAGCAGAUGCUGGCUUUGCCCUUUUUGAGAAGAAGGGAGCCUUAGCUGAAAGGCAGCAACUCAUCCCUGAAUUGGUGCGAAAUGGAGAUGAGGAAAAUCCCCUCAAAAGAGGUCUGGUUGCAGCUUACAGUGGUGACAGUGACAAUGAGGAGGAGCUGGUAGAGAGACUUGAAAGUGAGGAAGAGAAACUAGCUGACUGGAAGAAGAUGGCCUGCCUGCUGUGCCGACGGCAGUUCCCAAACAGAGAUGCCCUGGUCAGACACCAGCAGCUCUCUGAUUUACACAAGCAAAAUAUGGACAUCUACCGAAGAUCCAGGCUGAGCGAGCAGGAGUUGGAAGCCCUGGAGCUGAGAGAGAGAGAGAUGAAAUACCGAGAUCGAGCAGCAGAAAGACGAGAGAAAUAUGGAAUUCCAGAGCCCCCAGAGCCCAAGCGCAAGAAACAGUUCGAUGCUGGCACUGUGAAUUACGAGCAGCCCACCAAAGAUGGCAUUGACCACAGUAACAUUGGCAACAAGAUGCUGCAGGCUAUGGGCUGGCGGGAAGGCUCAGGCUUAGGAAGAAAGUGUCAAGGCAUCACGGCUCCCAUUGAGGCUCAAGUCCGGCUAAAAGGAGCUGGCUUAGGAGCCAAAGGCAGUGCAUAUGGGUUGUCAGGUGCCGAUUCCUACAAAGAUGCUGUUCGGAAAGCCAUGUUUGCCCGGUUCACUGAGAUGGAGUGAGACUGGCGAAGCAAUGCUGAGCACAGGGAGCAAGCCAUCUCCUCAGUUGCUCUUACUGCCUGUCUCUAAGGGCAUGCCUUGUGCUAUUAAUAGUUUUAGGAUGAACCACUUCAUUCUGAGGGGUUCUCCUACCUUAAAUGAGCUCCCUUAUGUGGGUUACCUGGUAAACAACCUUUCUUCCCACCUAAGGAUUUGUGAACAGAGGGGACAAUGGGCUUUUUAUACUAAGGUGUAUAUAGUGUAAAUAUAAUGUGUUUUACAUGUUGUCGCCUGUGUUGUGUCCCUGCUUCUUGGGGGCUUGAGAAGCUCGGAGUGGUUGUCAACACCAAAGCCACCACUGUCAUUUAUUGUUGUUAUGUCCUUUCCUGGCAAUAGCCUUGUGAAUAUUUGUAUAUUAUACAUUUGUACAGAAUUUUGGAAGAUUUUCAGUCUAGCUGCCAUGUCUGGCUCCUUUACAAAAGAAAUACCUUCAAAAAUGGG